GUGCUACCAUCAAGAAGGAGCUAGCCACCAUGUCACUGGCUUUGGAUCUACCAAAAGAUCAUGGACUCCGUGUUACCAUUGCGCAGUACAAGCAGCGGUUUGAGGACUAUUCUGAUGAGUUGAAGAGCAUGCACACUCCCGAGAACUUAAGCAGCUUGAAGGAGGAGCUGGCUGAGUCUGUCAACAGCUACCGGAUGGUCAAAGCCCAGUGCAAAGCCGUCCUGUCGGAGCUCAAGAAGCAGACGGCCUGA